CAUUGGCCAAACAUGCAGAAAUAUGAGAAGCUUGAAAAAAUUGGAGAGGGCACGUACGGGACUGUUUUCAAGGCUAAAAACAGAGAAACCCACGAAAUUGUGGCUUUGAAAAGGGUCAGACUGGACGACGACGAUGAGGGGGUGCCAAGUUCUGCCCUGAGAGAAAUUUGUCUCCUGAAGGAGCUAAAGCAUAAAAACAUUGUCAGACUACACGAUGUGUUGCACAGUGACAAGAAACUAACCUUGGUUUUUGAGUAUUGCGAUCAGGAUUUGAAGAAGUAUUUUGAUAGCUGCAAUGGUGACUUAGAUCCUGAAACUGUGAAGUCUUUCAUGUACCAACUGCUGAAAGGCCUCGCUUUCUGUCAUAGUCGAAAUGUGCUUCACAGAGAUCUGAAGCCGCAGAAUCUUCUUAUUAACAGAAACGGGGAAUUGAAGCUUGCUGACUUUGGGCUGGCUCGAGCUUUUGGCAUUCCUGUAAGGUGUUACUCAGCAGAGGUGGUGACGUUGUGGUACCGACCUCCAGAUGUGCUGUUUGGUGCUAAACUUUACUCUACCUCUAUUGACAUGUGGUCGGCUGGGUGCAUAUUUGCAGAGCUGGCUAACGCCGGGCGGCCGUUAUUCCCCGGCAACGACGUGGAUGACCAGUUGAAAAGAAUCUUCAGAUUGUUGGGUACGCCAACUGAGGAACAGUGGCAGACAAUGACUAAACUUCCUGAUUACAAGCCAUAUCCCAUGUAUCCAGCCACCACCUCCCUGGUGAAUGUGGUCCCCAAACUCAGCAGUACAGGACGGGAUCUGCUGCAGAACCUGUUGAAGUGUAAUCCUGUCCAGAGGAUCUCAGCAGAAGAGGCCUUGCAGCACCCUUACUUUGCUGAUUUCUGCCCUCCCUAAAUGCUAAAUUGCCUCUCACGGAGCCACAGCCAGAAGAAUCAAUCAUCCCUGUCCCGAUUUAGUUGU